UAUCGAUAUUGGAAAGCUCAUUUCACGUGAUAACAUAACCUAAGGCGUGUACAUUAUAAACAACAGUAUAUUUGAAACAUUUGUAUACAUCAAGAAAGAGUAGUGAAUUUCGCUCUCGUAACAUAAUUAUUAUCAAUUGUAUUUCAGUGCUGAAACUUUUAUUAUAAUUACAAAUAUGACAUCGGCAAUAGAAUCUAUGGUGGUAGAUGAAAAGCAAUUGCCAGAAAAGCCCAUAGACAGAGAAAAAACAUGUCCACUUUUACUCCGAGUAUUUUGCAAUACAGGAAGGCAUCACAAUAUAAUGGAAUAUAGUAGAGGAAAUGUUCCUUCAAAUGAGUUACAAAUAUAUACAUGGAUGGAUGCAACUUUAAGAGAAAUUACAGGAUUAGUAAAAGAAGUAAAUCCAGACGCUAGAAGCAAAGGAACAUACUUUGAUUUUUCACUAGUAACACCAGAAUUAAGAAAUUCUGGAUAUCGUAUGAGAGAAAUUGGUGUUACUUGUUCUGGGCAAAAGGGUGCAGAUGAUAACAAGACACUUGCCCAAGCAAGAUUUACAAUUGGUGAUUAUUUAGAUAUAUCAAUAACACCACCAAAUCGACAACCAGCAAUCAGACGUGGUGCACUACGUCAAUAUUGACUUAGACAAUUGACAGUUGACUAAGACAAAAAUCUUAUCUUUUGUAAGUUAUAUUAAUGAUGUAUUUUGUAUUAUUAAUGAACAAUAUAUGAUAUCGAUAUUAUUA